AGGGGGGGGGGGGCAAAAAGACAUAGGUUGUGAGGAUGUCCCCGUAUCCUUUUAUACCAUAUCUCAGCUGUUGGCUGAUUACACCUUUUGCCUAGAAAACAAGGGAGCUAACUUAAGUUCCUACCUCUGCUUGACGGCAUACAUGUUCCAGUGUUCCCAGGGUGCAUCAGGCACCAGACUGACCACGAUUCUGGAUUACUCCUGGCAAGUUUGUCAUUGUGCAGAAAAGACUUGGUUUUAUGUACUUGGCCACUGAAAGGACAAAGGAGAGAGAAAACAGAAGGAAUUUCAUCCUGGAGUUUAAGGCACUCAGCUGCAGGAAACUGACCUGUGCUUUGGCCUCUGUUUAGAGGAUCUUCAAAUCUUAUUUAAUCUAUGUUAGUUCUCAGAUUCUUACCUAAUGACUGCUUCAUGUAAAGCAUGCUACAGAAAGUAAGGCUACUAUGCUGUUCUUAGUACUAGCUGCAGUUGCAUUCCCAUAUCAUCCCUGUCUAUGCUGGCAUUAGAUACAUAUGUUCUAAGAAGACUUAUUGCACUGAGUUUUUCAGGAACGUUAGGUGGAGGUUUGGCAAACCUCAAUCCUGAUGGGGCUUUACUGUGAACUAGGCCCUAAGUGGCUCAGUUUGAUCAAGUUUUAUUAGAUCUAAUCAUAUACAGUUGCACAAAUCCAGACUCCUGAGGAAUUGUAGAGAUAAUUUUCAAGUUGUCUAUGGGGAAUGAGUGCCUCCAGUGUCAAAUGGUGUUUCAAGAUUGCAAUGUUGGACCUACAUACCUCAAUUCUAUCUAUAUCAAGGUCCGUUCUACACUUCAUUCUUCAUUCAUUCUUCAGAAACCUUUACUAGUUGACUUAUUAUUCCUUUAGCCUUUUCUAAUAAAUGGUUAGAUAUGGACUUCUCAGAACAGGAAGGACUGAGUACCUUUUAAAAUCAAUGUAUAUUCAUAGGUAUGUAAUUCAUAUUUUCUAUAAUAAAUACAUACUACAUGAAAAAUGUGAACUCUAUGAUGAACUAUAGUACAAACAUAAUAACCAUACUUACCAAGUGAUUUUUAUCAAAUUUGGGUUUAAAUGUGUCCUCCAUAAUAUCUGUAGAUGUCUCUGAGUGACCUCUGACAAGACCACUUGUACUUUUGAUGCAGCCAUGCAGAUAAGCAGAAUAGUCUUCUAACUCUGCAGUUUGAUACAGGAAAAGUGAGAAAGUGUAUCCUUAUUAAAGUAUAUUCUCUUGUGUUUACAUAGAAUGACACUGACUAAAACCAUUCAUUCUUGAGAGCUGUGGGAGAAGUUACAGAAAGAACCCUUGGGUAUUCGGGAUGGAAAAUUCGUAAAGGGAACAAAUGCCCCAUGGAAGUCUGGGAAUCCCCUUUCCUAGAGACAGGAAUAAGACUUUGCAGAUGGAAAAAAUAAAGGCACGACUGAAAGCAGAAUUUGAAGCCCUGGAGUCUGAGGAGAGGCACCUGAAAGAAUACAAACAGGAAAUGGACCUGCUGCUGCAAGAGAAGAUGGCCCAUGUGGAGGAGCUGCGGCUGAUCCACGCUGAUAUUAAUGUGAUGGAGAAUACUAUCAAGCAGUCAGAGAAUGACCUCAACAAGCUACUGGAAUCUACUCGUCGCCUGCACGAGGAGUACAAACCCCUGAAGGAGCACGUAGAUGCUUUACGGAUGACUCUGGGGUUGCAGAGGCUGCCAGAUCUUUGUGAGGAGGAGGAGAAACUGUCCCUUGAUUACUUUGAAAAGCAGAAAGCAGAAUGGCAGACAGAACCACAGGAGCCUCCCAUCCCAGAGUCUCUGGCUGCAGCUGCAGCUGCUGCCCAACAGCUGCAAGUGGCUAGGAAACAAGAUACCAGACAGACAGCAACUUUUAGACAACAGCCACCUCCAAUGAAGGCAUGUUUAUCGUGUCACCAACAAAUUCAUCGGAACGCACCCAUAUGUCCACUCUGCAAAGCAAAGAGCCGAUCUCGGAAUCCCAAAAAGCCCAAGAGGAAACAGGAUGAAUGAAGAAGGACAGAAGAUUGAGAACGACACAUGUGACCAGUCCCAAUACCUUUCCAGUAGAACUGUAAAUGUAGCUAGACUUUAUUAAGUGCAGACUCAAGUACGACCUACCCAUUAUUUUCUAUUUAAUGUUAUGUAAGCACAAUGUUUCUGUUCUAUCUUAAUUUCCUUCCAGUCCUCGAGAUUUGGUUUUAGGAAAAGAAAUAUUAAUGGUGCUACAGUUUAACAUUUCAAACAUUGCAUCUUUUGUAGUCCUAAAGAAAAUAGAAUUCUAAUGCGAGUAUCUUAAAUGUCAGAAGGCCAUAUUCCUACAGGCCAAAUGUAAUUACCACAAAUUCUUUUAUGUCCUCUUUUUUAAGCACAUGUUACUAAAAUAUUAUUCUAAUUUUCUCCUGAUAACAGGAGACUACUUGAAGUGCAGAAAUAACAGAUUGUCUCUCUGUUUCACUAAAGAACAACUUGUUUACCUGGCUAGCAAUGCUACAUAGACUUGGGUAUCAAGUAGAACUGUUUUUAUAACGGACAUGUUCAUGGAAAAAAAAGACUCAGAUAUACAGGAAAUCAGUGCGUUAAGGACACAAGUGAAUUUUGAUUAUUUACUGGCGUUUGAUUGUACUAUUCCUUCAAACUUGGCUUGAAAUUUGGAAGGUGGACCAAGUUGUAGGAUGUGUACAAAUUACUAAAAAUGACAUAAUUUAUGAUGCUUUACCAUCUUAAUGUUGUAUUAUUUUCAGCAGUCAGAAGACUGACUGACUUAAGUAUAAGGCUCAGAUGAACUGCAUUAGUGGUCUUCCUAGCAUCUACGGCCAACGAGCUCACUGUGGUUCUCCAGGGAUCACACAUCAAAUAACCAAAACUUCUUUGCCUCUGUGACUGCAACAUUAGCCAUUCUGCAUGUCUUCUCUUUCUGGUUUCUACUGCCAAAAUAUCCCUUAGCAGACAUCCUCCAGUGGAUCACAGGGAACUUCAAUAGCAUGCACCAGAAGCAAUGUUAACUGAAAAUGAUACAUUUCACCAGAGCUGCCUGGGUUUUUUUGUUUUUUUUUUCUUUUUCCCUGUAAGGAAAACUUACUAGUUGUUUGUCUUUUCGCAAGUCAUUUUCAAGCUAGUUUUAUUUCAGCCCAAGCUAGUUUCGUGCUCUGUACAUGGGCCAAAAGUACCCUAAAUUAGAGGAUCCUUCAGACUUCUCACUGUAUCUGCAUCCUCCUGUUGUUUCCUCUCACAACAACAGCUCCUCCAAAGGGAAGGAUGGUGGUGACCCAGCUACAGAACUGGGGCUUAAAACUUACUGUUUUCCAAUUCUGGUUUUGUGAUUGGUUUUGUUGUCUGAACUAAGUCUUAAAUAUUCUUUCCACUAACUUUAGGUGGCAGGGGCUGCCUGUCUAGACUCUUCCUCUCUUUUUAGCCCAAUUCUUUCCUCUACUAUUAUGCUACAGUGGUUGCCUUGAGAAUUUUGCUUGUGAAAAGGAAGAACAGGGAAGCCCCAAAUCUCUGAUCAGAAGACUUUAUCAAAUACUGGGGACUAUACUAAUCUGCAUAAAAAGAUUUUGUUGGCCAGAUCACAUAUAUCGCGAUGAAUUUCCCAACUCUACCAUAAAGCACAUGAGUAUUUUAUUGAAGAUAGUCCUAUAAUUUAUGGCAAGUUCAGUUGCUAUUGUUCCAUUUUAAUGUUUCACAGCCAAAUAAACAUCUCCCAACAGCAGAGACAGAACAUGGACUAUGCGUCCCUGAAAAUACAUAGAGAGCACUUUCUGUUAGCUGCAUUACUGGGACUCAGUCUCUGUGUUACGGGGAGGCCAGUCUGACCCCAGGCUCUCUUCACCAGAUGGCAGCAGUGCUCUAACUCUGUAUCCUUACGCAUACUUCCUAACACAAAUAUUGGAUUCUACCUUUAAAUAUCAGAGUGGCCAUAUGGUGUCUGCCCUGCUCAGAGCAUUUUAUUGGGCUUAAGGAAAAACGUGCACAGUUAGGAGGAUAACACAUAGGCGCCUCCUAAUUGCAAGCAUGAGAGCAGAAUACUUCUGAUAAUGGAGGUAUGUAAACUUAAAAAGUAGCGACAAUGGACAGUGGGUGAAUGGUCUGCGAUGAAGUAGUGCGUAGAAAAGGAUAGAUUUGUAGAAACUUGGAUUUAUAGUCCUGAAGGUCCUGAAAUAGAUGGGGUUAGUCCUAGCUGCUCUCACUUUACUGCUGCUUUCCAAGGUUACUUAUUUCUUGGAGAUCCCUAGAGCUCUAAACUGAAGCAUGCUUGAGGAUUGACCAUUUUCUAAUUCAGUAUGUCCAUUUUGUAUUUUUACUUUUUAAAAAUAGUUUCUUGUGCACUUGUGUUUAACAAGGUUUUGGGUUUUUUGAAAAAGAAAGAAUCUAACAGCCUGUGUUUGUAUCAGUCAUGGAUUAGUAUUUACAUAUCUGUUUUCAUAUCCUUCAUGAAGUUGCGCCAUACGAAUUGCAUGCAUUGCUGAGAAUCAGUCAAACUAUUUCAAGGAGGCAAAAUCUGUAUUAUAUAUUAAGGGAUCGGGGGGGGGCAGAAUCUUUUUUAGAGAAAUGGCAUUUCUCUUUUCUCUCACAGAUUAAUUUAGGAAGUUUACCUGAAUAGUUUUUCACAUGACAGCCCUCAGCCCUUUUCUCCCUGUCAUCUUUCUCAGGAGACUACAGAGAUAAUUAUGAAAUAUUGAUUUUUUGUUCUUUUAGGCAUAUAAGGAAGCUGUCUGAAGUACAGCUCUUAUCACAAAACUUCUGCAUUUUGGAUCCAUGGAGAACCAAUGGUGUUUCCCUUUGUACCUAAGGUUCUUUGAGGUUAUUUCGUCACUAAGUUCAGUUUAAGUUUUACUUGGGUUAAAUUCUCUUAAUAGUCACACAGAGACCCUUCUCAUGUACCCUGGGAGGCUGUUCAAGCCUGAAUAGCUUGCAAGACUUUAUAUUACUGAAGUCUGGUUUAACUCUGGCUUUGUCAUCCCCUUUCCAAUCAGUAUUCAAGCAUCAGCAAAAUCACUGGAUUCUUUUGUUGCGGUUCCUCACUUGCCUAAAAGGACUGUCCUGUUUUUCUGCAACUGAAUAGCAAAGAAUAUACAAGCAUCUCCCCGUCCCCGCCCAAGCACGCUGAAAGAGCGAGAACACUGUGCUGUGCGUAAAGGCUUUGCUAUGGAAAUAUUCUUUUCUAAGCUGGGGUAACUCAGUUGCUCAGACUUUAGUGCCAAGCACCUCAUUAACAAAAUAGAGAAAUAAUAAGCCAAAUUCUAAUACUUAGAAAACACAAGCCAAAUUCUAAUACUUGCACUUAAUGAGUUCAACUUUAGCUUUCUAAACAGCACACUUGUGAUUGACUGAACCUGCCAGUGGCUUCAAGUUGGAGAAUUAGAUUUACUUUUGAAAUAGCCAUUAAUGUGUUACUUCAAAUACCAGACUACUCAAGAAGUUAAGACUUUACCAGCAUUUUAAAUCAAGAAAAGUGCUUUCCUUUAUUUUACAGUUUUCUAAUUCGAACCUCAUGGCUUUUAUUUUAGCAUUUAGGUAUUUUAGCAAUACCUUGAGUUUCACUGGCUUCUGUGUUCUGAAUAUUUUACUCCUGUGCCCAGUUGGAGUAACAGUGUGCUACCUGUUUUAACUUGUCUGUACAGUCCUUUUUAAUAAACACUUGUUUCAUGUUAA